GGAUGCCGGAGAGAAGAAAUGAAAGGCUGAAGAUCAUUAAUAAACACACAGACACUGAAGAUGUUGUAGUGUGUUUCAGGCAGGCUGAGAGUUCAUUAGCAGAGAUGGAGUGAAGUCUGAGAGAAGUUGGAGAUGUUCACUGUGACUCUGUAUAAAGUGUAAAGCGGUUGAAGUGAUCAGGAUGGAGGAAAGUGAUCAGCUGAGACACAGGUCUGUCCUGGACGAGUUAACGGCUGAUGGCAUCAACAUCGAGGAUGUACAGUACUCAGCUCUGAGAGAGGAUUUGGAGUCUGAUGCUCAGAAUUUUGAAGCUCCUACGUGGAGUUUAGCUGUAGAUCAGCAGUACGUGAAGAAUUUCUCUAAAGAUUCGGUAAAGAGACAAGACGUCAUCCACGAGUUGAUCCAGACGGAGAUAAACCACGUGCGUACACUGAAGCUCAUGCUUGGUGUGUAUCUGCGUGAGCUCCGUGACUCUCUGCUGAUGGACGAGUCUCAGCUGGAGCGUCUGUUCCCUCGUCUGGAGCGUUUACUUAACGAACACCAGAACUUUCUGCAGAGACUCAAGAACCGACGCACAGAGUGUCUGGAGACAGGAAGUGACCAAAACUACUGCAUCACUAAUAUAGGAGACAUCCUCAUCACUCAGUUUUCAGGUGAUCUCAGAAGCAGGCUGCAGGACAGUUAUGGGGUUUUCUGCAGUCAUCACACAGAGGCGGUGAAUUUCUACAAAGACCAGCUGCAGAACAAUAAGAAGUUUCAGAGUCUGAUCCGAAGAAUCGGUCAGUUGUCUAUCGUGAGGAGGCUGGGAAUUCCUGAGGGGAUUCUGCUCAUCACACAACGCAUCACCAAGUACCCCGUCCUGGUGGAGCGCAUCAUCAAAAAUACUGAAGCGGGGACUCCGGAGCACCAGGAUCUGCUAAACGCUCUGGAGUGCAUUAAGGACACCAUCUUCACCGUGGACAUGCAGGUCCAUCAGUUCGAGCAGCUGCGGGAAAUUGCCGCUCACUUUGAUCCCAAGUCCUACAGCACGAUGAACAACGGCAAGAUCUUCCGCAAAGACGACCUGCUACGGAACAACAGGAGGCUGCUGAGAGAGGGAGUGCUGACCUGGAGACCUCAAAACAGGUCCAAAGCGGUGGACGUCCUCAUGGUUCUACUGCCUGAUUAUCUGCUGCUGCUGCAGGAGAAAGAUCAGAAACACAUAUUUGCUUCUCUGGAUGGGAAGCCUGCUGUUCUUCCUCUGCAAAAGCUGAUUGUGAGAGAAGCAGCUCACAGUGACCGAGCCAUGUUUCUGAUCUCAGCGUCUGAUGUAAAAGCCGUUCUGUACGAGUUCCAAACGUCAACAGCUGAAGAGAGAAGCAGCUGGAGACGGCAGAUCUGGGACACUAUAGAGACAUGUCCACAUGUGGAGGAGGAGCUCAUGGAGAAUGAAGACGUUUAUUCUGAUAAACUCAGAGAAGCUCAUGACCAGCUGUGUGAAAAAGACGCUCAGAUUGAGGAGAUCCUCAGGCAGAAGCUUCAAAUAUUUUCUGAAAUCUCAGAGGAGAACUCGAGUACAGUGAGACACCUGCUGCUGAGAGGGGCUGCUACUGAGCUCCUGCAGGGGGAGCUGCUGAUUAACAACGCCAUCAUACAGGCUGAGAGUUUACAGAUGCAGUUGAUGGGUGAAGAGAUGUUCUUACUUCCUCCAUCUGGAGAGAGCAACAUCGAGCCACAAAGAUCAUCACAGACUCUACCUGCCUUUCACAGGAUGACCAAAAAUGCUGAUGGAUUUCGGUCCAAAGCUCAGAGACCAAACUCAGAUCCUCAUCUCCGAGAUCUUUACCUCCAUCAACUGGAGAUAUCAGCUGAUGAUGAAGGUCGCUCCACUCUUCCUCCUCCCCAGGAUAAAUCCGAGUGGAUAGUCAGUGCAGAUAAACUGAUACGGACGCUGUACAGUCUGAAGGUGCUGGUCUCUCAGCAGGACAGUGAGUUGGAGGUUCUGCGUGCAGCUCAGUUGGAGCGUGAGCGUUCGUCACGUCAGCGUUUUAACUCAAUUCAGGAUCAGGAGCGCCAGCGCCACCUGGAGAAGCUGCGUGAGGAACUCCUCCAGCUGCAAAAGGUACAUGUGCUGCAGCGGCAGGACCAGGAGACGUGGGCUCGCGAGCGUCAGCGCCACCUUCUGGACAUGCACAAUCGCGAGCAGGAGCUGAACCGCCGCAUGGAGGAGUGUACCAACAAGGAGGCGGGGCUUUGUGCAGAGAGGGACGUCCUGAACCGGAGCAGGGAGGAGUACCAGCAGGACCUCGAGCGCCUGAGGGACAGCACUCGCACCGUGGAGAAAGAGAAGGAGAAACUGGAGCAGGAGAAGAUUAAGCUCAGAAAACACAAGCACCUCACACACCGGGGCGGAGCCACACACCUGGGUGGAGCAACACUCCCGGAUCCUGCACCAAAACUGCUCGCUCCAUAUCCAUCACCUGAGGACACAAUGCGCAGCAGAUCUCUCUCAGCACCUGGUGUGCCUCCAGAGCGCCCUCCGCUGGUUCCUCCUCGCAAAGAGAGCAUCAGCAUCACCACCACUAUUAAACCAGAUGUUCCCAUCCAGCUGCUAAGCACCACCAAUGAGACUAUGAAAUCCAGCAGCAUCCAGCAGCAGAUCCCAACUAAACUAGCCAUUAGCAAAGGGAAGGAGAAGAACAAGAACAAGAGCGCACAUCAUCGCACCAACAGUGCAGCCUCUAUAGAAGUUUCUGAAGUUUCUCCCAUUAAAGUGACAGGAAAAGAAGGAGGAAGUUUAAGAGCAAUGAAAACUGUAAAGCAACACACACCACUCCAGAUGUUUAUGAAGAAGGCUCUCUGCUCUCGAAGCGUAAAUCUGCUCAGCCUCCGAAGCAGCAGAUGAGCAGCACCCAGGAGGACAUCUUCUUCUUAUGAUUCUUCACCUUCAGUCAUUUCUGAACAUCUUCCACACACAAGGACAAACACAUACACACAGAGGCGUGUGUACAAAUUAGUGAAUAUCUGAAGGUCCAAUGCAGAGAACUAAAGGUGUUUUGAGAAAUCGGAACAUCAGCAGCUUCAUCAUGUGUUUUUAGUUUCAAUUUUUAGUGAACUCAGAGUUGGAUGAUGGAGAUGAAGUUGGAGGAGAGGUUGAGGCGUGUAGUUGAUUUCAUGCAUGUUUUUAGCCGAGAUUUUUAUUCACUCGUUUUCUGCAGGAAUUUUAUCAAUGAGAACUUUUAUUCUUUUUUUUUUUUUUUUUAUUCUGUGGGGAAAAAAAGAAAAUUUGAUAUGAAACAUUAUUUUGGACUCAAAAUACAAAAAUAAAAAAGGGAGAAACUGA